ACAUAAUAUAACAUAUGACGAGGGAUUUUCCAGCAAUCAUGACAUGCACAAAAAUGCAUGUCUGCCCAUGUUUCUCAUGAAGCAACUGUCAUGCUUUACUCCGACAGCUCUGGUUAUAACCAAGCAGAAGUGACUCAGUCAAGUCAGACCUUUAAGAUUCAUGUGAACACAAUCUGAAACUCCAACUAAAACCACAACAGUUCAGAUAAAGGAUAAUAAAACACCAGCUAUUUCUCACUUCACACACUAAACGCACAUACAAAUGAAUAAAAACGGAUUGUUUUGUAGUCUCCAAUAUUCUGCUUUCCCAAUUUCAACGGAAGCCCGAUAAGCUGCGAGAUCUGAUUUCUUUCUGUUCUGAUAUCAGCAUUAACCACAGGGCUCUUAUGCAUGAUCACAUGUCCGCUCAGACAGAAUGAACGCUAUAAAAGCAGUGCCUGAUAAGACAUGUAGAGCAAAGCAGGUGGAGGAUUUCAAAGAGCACCUGAUAUUUGCUUUCUACAAACACUUACUCAAGUAUACACUCGACUCUGAGAGUCAAAGUGCAGUUAGUGAAGGAUUAAGAGGCUCGUUUUAGAAAUGGACACCGUGAGCUGGGUCUUACUUCUCUGCUUGGCUGUUUUAUUUUACGUCGUUUGUUCGCUGUUUCUGUUACGCUAUCCACUCAUACUUCAUAAGAGGAAACGACUGGAGUUCUACUGCAGACACAUUUCACACAGAGGAGGCUCUGGAGAGAGGAUAGAAAACACAAUGGAGGCGUUUACACACGCUGUAUCUGCGGGCACUGAUAUGCUGGAGAUGGACUGUCAUCUCACACUCGACGGAUAUGUUGUAGUUUCGCACGAUAACAACCUUUUGAGACAAACAGGCGACGACAAAACCGUGUCGUCUCUGAAAUUCCAGGAUUUGCCUCUCUAUGAAGAGAAGCUGGAGGUCACUUUUUAUGUCGGACACUACAGCACAGGGAAGGACAGGAGGUUUGUGUUGCUGGAAAACGUCUUGAAGAAUUUCCCCAACAUGCCAAUGACACUCGAGAUCAAAGAAAACAACGACUUGCUUAUUAAAAAGGUCUCUAAUCUUGUGCAUAAAUACGGCAGAGAACACAUUACAGUCUGGGCUUCUGAAGAGCAUGAAGUCAUGGCUAAAUGUCUGAAGCAGAACCCGUCCAUGCCCUAUAUGUUCACAAUGAGGCGUGUAAUAAUGCUUUUAUUGCUCUUCUACACUGGACUCCUUCCCUUUGUCCCUCUGGGUGAAAGUGUGCUGAUGUUUUACCUGCCUAGAAUCAUCAACAGGACGUAUAUUCCAGAGGAAGCCUAUAUGAAGAAUAGAUUUGUUGUGUAUCUGCUUCAGAAGUUGAUCACGUGGAAAUCUUUGUUUGAACACUUGAUCAAACGGGGCCUGCAGGUGCAGCUGUUUGUGUGCAAUGAGGAGACCGAUAUGGCUGCUGCGUUUGCAAUGGGAGCGACAGGAGUAAUGACCGACUAUCCGACUGUCCUGUCUGACUACAUCCGAAAACACCCUCCACCUCCUGCAGUUUACUAGAGAUUACAAGGGCCACAGUGAACACUGCCUUACUAGUAGAUAAAUAAAUGCAUCUUUAAAGGGAUAGUUCACACAAACAUACACAAAAAAAUUACUCAGGUUUUUUUUUUUGGUAAACCAAAAAAAGAUAUUGUGAAGAAUGUUCGGUAUCAACUGACUUCCAUAGUAAGAAAAUCAAGGUUACAAUACAAGUCAAUGACUAUCAGUUUUCUAACAUUAAUCAAAAUAUCUUCCUAAUGAACCGAAAGGAAAACAUUUAGAAGAAUGUUGCAAAUCGGUAGCCACUGACUUCCACAGUAUAUUUUUUCAUACUGUGGAAGUCAAUGGCUACUAGUUUCCGAUUUUCUUCAAAAUAUCUUCCUGUUAAACCCAAAAAUAAGAUAUUUUGAAGAAUGUCGUAAACCGGUACCUAUUAACUUCCAUAGUAAGAAAAUAAAGGUUACAAUGAAACUCAAUGGCUAUCAGUUUCUGACAUUCUUCAAAAUAUCUUUGUUAAACCAAAAAGAAGACAUUUUGAAGAAUGUUGCAAACCGGUAGCCAUUGUCAUCCAUAGUAAGAAAAUAAAGGUUACAAUAGAAGUCAAUGGCUAUCAGUUUUUGACAUUCUUCAAAAUAUCUUCCUUUUAAACCCAAAAAUAAAAUAUUUUGAAGAAUGUUGCAAACCAGUA